AUGCAUGCAAAUGAAACAGAACUCACCGCCACUCACUCGUCGAUGUGGGUACUAGACGGCUUUAUAUUUUCGACCACCGGAUGUGGAAGUGGAUCCUUUAAUUCUUACUUAUUCAUUGUGGAAAUUGUUAUUUAUUUGGUUUUGAUUUUGACUGUGUCAAUUUUUGUCUUGUUUGUAAAGAGAGAUGUAUGGAAAGUGAAGACUGAAGUGUUUGCUAUCUUCUUUAAUUGGGCUAUUUUAGGAUUAGCUUAUUGUGUAUCUUUGUUUAGUGACGUUUCUAAUUUAGUUGACUAUUACGUACCAUGGUCCUCCAUCAUGUUCAUGGCAGCAAUGAUUGAUACAUUCAUUUCUGUGACAAUUCCUGUAUUUUUCUUUCAGCGUGCACACAAAUCAUCAUCUCACAGCGAAAACGCCAAGAAUGCUAAUAGUGCCAAUGAUAACAUGCAAUCAAGUGCUACCAAUGACAUUACCAUGUGCUUGAAGCAUCCAGAAAUUUAUCCUCUCUUUCUCUCAUUUGGAGAACGUUCCUAUGCUCCUGAAGACAUUUUGUGUUACAAUUUGGUUGAGCAGUUCAAAAAUUCAUCACAGAGAAAUCGCAAGAAAAUUGUUUGUACCCUCUGUGACACCUAUCUCAAGCAUGCUGCACCUUUACAAUUGAAUUUAUCAAACCAAGAUGUGGAAAAACUUGCUCCUAUCUUUGAAAUGCAACAGAAAAUUUUAGAAGAGAACAAGCAACGAUUCUCAAUGAGCACUCUCUCGAGAGGAAUUGAGAUUCCUUCCAAUUUCUUGGACAAUUUGCAACAAAUGUCUGAGAGAAAUCUCGUGGACUUGUAUGAGCGAUUUUACGAGGCACAUCGAAAGUUAUUGAAGGACAAGUUGGGCAUUGUAGGGAAGACAAACAGGAGAGAAGAGUGUCUCCUUCGAUCUAAUGAGAGAGCGUGA